AUGGCAGGCAGGAAAGUUGAAUUCUCCUCCAGAGUCCCCGACAUCUUCACCUGUCAGAAGGUCAUCCAGCUGCCCCUUCUCACAGUCUGCGUUUCAGAGUUUGAACUGGAACUGGCAGAACUCGGGAUCAUUCCGGAAGCUGCGGGGGUGAUACGGAGGUCAUAUAGAGAGGUAUUUACACUCAUGGAGAAAGAUACUGGAAACCGAGUGACAGACAGGAAGACGAAAGGGGUUAAACAUCCCGAGCCAAAGCAGAGAUAUCUUGUGGCCAACCCGCACAAUAACAGGGUUCCGAAUGUCUCGGCCUCCACCGCUGCCUGCGAGCAAGCGUUUUCCCAGGAUUGGAUCAAAAAUGCAGAGCAGCGUUAUUUCAUAUCCACGUUUGAAGCGUCCUAUGAUGAGGCGAAACAACAUUGUUUGAAAUAUCAUUCAAAUCUUCUUGAAAUAAUUUCAGAAGAGGAAAAGAAGUUUGUUACGAAAGCUGUACAAGACCAAAGCAGUUCAUACUGGAUUGGAAAAUGCCAAGACGGGAAAGUGGCCACGAAAGUGGUGUACCAUAUGAACGCUGGAAAGUUCAAAUGCAGCGAAUGUAAAUGGUACAGUCCGCUUUACCAUUGCAAUCGUGAUAAUCACCGCUUCAUCUGCGAGUCGUCUGCACCUUUGUGCCCAGACAAUUCUGAAAUGAUCCAGGAUGUCUGUCAACAGCCAGUGGGUUAGACUUGAAUCAAAUGCAACAACCUCUUACCGGCCAAACUACCCCAUUCGCGCUGCCACUCACCCUAACCCUAUUCUCCUCUUUCCUUCUAUCGCACUCUUACUCGCCAUUUCUCCCGCUCUUAACCCUCGUCCCUCUGAACUCUCUCUCUCUCAUGCCUCUUCACUGCCGCCUCCUCUAUUUCAUCCGCAGUUUCCUCUCCAUCCCUGUCCUCGCUUUCUUGUCUCCGUUUUCUAAAACCGUCUAUCCCGGUUUCUACUUCGAUUCGGUACUCCUUCUCUAUCUGCUCUCCCCAUCCCACUGUGUCCCUUUUAUCUAACCCAACUCGCUUCCCUCUUCUGUCUUUAGCUACGCUCACCUCAAUGAUGUGUGUUAAUGUUCUCGAUACUCCAGUCCUAGGGAAAUAGAGUGCACACAUUCGCCUGAUCUCUGUCCCUCGUGGAUUUGUACACCUCUGUAAGGUCACCGAAAAAAGUCUCAGAUUUCCCAACCUCUCUCCAUAACUCAGUACCUCCUGUACGGGCAGCAUCCUCGGAAAUCUCCCUCUGCAAUCUUUCCAGUUUGUUGAGAUUUCUCUUAGAGCAAGGCAAGCAGAACUGAACUCCAUACUCCAAGUGCGGCCUGACCGACGUCAUCUGCAACUGCAACGUGCCCUCCGACUCCCUGACCCAGUGUCCUGACUGAUGAAGGCCAGCGUGUCAAAUAUCCUGUCCACCUGUAUCGCAACUUUUCUACCGGAUUCAGGGUCUGCUUUAUUAUCUGUGACUUAGACCACCUGAGAUUUGUAGUUUUGAAGAAUCAGCAGGGACCAAAUGUGUAAAAUUAAUGUCAAAUGCAAAAAGCUAAUAAAUGCCGCAAAAUGUGAAGGUAGUGCUGGUGUGUUCAAGAUUAUGCUGGCGGAGGGGAAGAAGUUCUUCCUGGUUCAUUGAGUUUUCAAUCUCCAGUUCGUCGUCAGCCCUCCUUC